CGCAAGCCUGAGCGUGAGUGAAAUUCAGUUACUUCCUGCCGACCACUGGUUUGCAAGUCUUGUCAUAUAAUGCUUCGGAUAGUAGACAAGUAGACGACAGAUCGCACCGCCUUUAAUCAAAACUGAUUCUCUGGUUUAGACCUAUCGUCUAGAAGUUCAGCUCAGCUUUCUACGUGUCCACAAUCUCCAUAUGGCCAAAUGUAGGCCCGGCUACCAAAUGACUCUAUCAUGGGUGCCGGCUGAAGAUGGACAUGUACCGAAAAAUGCAAUCGGCGUGGAUGGAGGUAUUUAUGUUUGUCGAGCAGAACACGAGGGGAAGAUUAUUCCUGGAUCUCUGGUUCCUGCUGAUAAGGCAGCAACCAUUUGCCUAGAUGAUGUGGUGUACAAGAAACGGACGUAUGAGGUUCUGUGCAAUUCCAGUUUUGGAUGUCGCUGUGCCUAUUACUGGAUAAGUGAUGAGAGGGGUUAUACACCGAAGAACGCGCUUGUUGCUGGAAGCCACCAGCCUGGAUGCUACGCUUUAAUAGCUCGUGCGAAAAUCAAUGGGAAAAUGGCCAUCGGAAUGCUAACGGAAUUUUGCAGCGAGGCUUGCUUCGUUGUCAACGAUGCCAUAGAAACAAGCGAAUAUUACGAGAUUUUGGUAUGGGAGAAAAAACCAGCCUAACCUGGAUCCGUCAACUCGCCUCCUAAUUUGUACAGGAAUUCUAGACUGAACAGAUUAUUUUUCGCUGCUGGUUUCAUUCAACGUGGGUGUUCUCACUAACAAAGCCUUUUCUACUUCUAAUCUGAAAUUCAUUCAAUAAAUGAGAAAUGUCUGCAUAAA